UUAGGGACUUUAUUUAGUGUGUGUCUCUCGCAGUGCACUCAAUGCUGUACUUAAUCUACUGUGUAUGUGGCAAACACUCGGUACACGAGCUGAGCUUUGUGGCAGUAGAUGAUGGUAAGGUGUAGCUCUCUCAGGUGGACUCCAUGGACACAUCUUUCUGUCGGCGCAACAGCAAACUGGAGACGUUUCUUAAGCGGAAUGCUCCCCGGGACGUGCACGAGCGGAUUCGGUACUAUGAGGCGUGUGUCGUGGUUACAGAGGAGUUUGACAAGGUGUUCAUGCAUGUUGUGCUCACUGACGACUCCAUUUACCUGACUGAGUAUCAUCCCAGAACACUCCUCAGGGGGCUCAGCUUCAGCCUCAUUAUGCACAUGGAACUGAUCAAUGAUCUACCAGACUUCCUCAGUGGCAAAGACCAAAAGCAGUCACUUCAUAUUCAUGUUGUGCAUACACAUGUUAAGGGUGUUGGGAAACGUGGCUCAAGAGACCGAACCAAGCCUCAGUCUGCUGUCACACCUGGUCAACAAUAUAACUACAGACACAGCCACUCUGCACAGGGAGCCAGCAGGUUUCAGCAGAGUUCUGACUUGAGAACAUCUCCAUCAUCCAUCAGAGAUGAUGGAGAUGUACACACAGACAACAGACAGGCUACAAGCUCUGUCCUGACCAGACUGAAACAAAGAGCAGCAGGGGGAAAAGGGAAGAAAACAGAGGAGGAAGAAAAGAAGGAAGCUGAGCUUCAUCUGUAUGCUGUGAUGCCCAUGUCACAAAUAUAUUUUCACCUGCAAAGAUCCUGGAAGAGUUAUAUCAUGAAAUCCACACUGAGGCUGAGUCCAUGCAUCGUGUCGUCUUCUCCUUCAUCCAAGAAACGCAAAUCCACAAUCAGCUGGGAACGGACGUGUCAGUUGUUCAGCCAGCUGAGUGGGGAGCUGUUACAGAACGAGCUCAGCUUGGAAAGGUUGUACCUGCUGCUUCAGGAGCUCUGUACUGCUGCACGUCACAACCCCGCCGUCAAAACACUCUUCUGGAGGUCACCUGAGCUCUAUGCCUUCCUGGUGAAGACGCUGGCUGAAAGCUCGCAGCUCUCUCAGGACAGACUGCACCCAGGUGACAGGCUAUUGCUUUCCAUGUUAGCAGUUCAGACCAUAAGCCUGAUGUUUGGUGAGACAGAGAAAGGACCUUCACGCUUAAGCACAUUAACAUCCAAGCAGGGAAGUGUCACAGCAGCCUUGCUCUUGGCUUUGGUGCGUGAUCCAGAAUUAAAGCCCAACAACUGCAAUUCUGCAUCUCACACAGAGCUACAGGUCUUACAAGCCAAGUAUCUGGACGCAGCGGCUGUUCUGCUGUUUGAGGUGGUGACAUUUUGCCAGGAAUUGAGUGGGACCCCGAACACAGGACACUUUCUGACUGUGGCUUGGGUUUUUCAAACUCUAGAAGCUCACCCUUACUUUCUCCUAUUCAUGGCUUAUCAAGCCCAGAGCGUGGUCCUGGCACUGUCCCAUUCGUCGGAGUCUCCAUUGAGCCCGUCGCAGGCCGUCCUCCUGUUCCAGCGGUGUCACCUGCUCCUCGCCUGCAUGCAGCACAGCACCUGUGUGAACAGCUACAUCAUCACAGAGCUCAGAGAAGAGUUCAGGUAUUAUGUGAGACAGUCACGGUUCGAGGACAAGCUUCCCCCUCACUAUCCGAUAAGCAGGCCAGCACAUCAUGUCCUCUCACAGCUGCUCAGCCUGGUGCUGCACAAGCCCUGAACCCUCAGUCAGUUCAUCAUGAGGACAUCC